GAUCGGUCAAACAUACGUAGCUGCUUUGUGACUCCAGUGCGCGUGUGUGACAAAGCCUGAGGGCAAAAUGGAGGCGAAGAAAUAACGGCAUCAGGACUAUUUGGUGCUAUUGAAUAGUGAGAUUUCCGGGCAUGAAGAACCACAAAAACGGACCUGACGACAGUGACGACAAUUUAACAGACGAUGAGUCGUCAUCACUCUUCAGCAAUGGACAACAGCCAGUGCAGGCGACCAAAGAAUGGGACGUGUUCACGAACAACCCGCCCGUUAUCAUCAGCGGGUCAAUGGCAGACCAGUCCUGCAUGCAUACGUCCCUCAGAAUCAUCAAACUCCUUGCAUAUAUCUGCACGUUCAUACUUGUCCUGGGAGGCGCCGUGCUCUCCAAAGGAACCAUGCUCUUCAUGACGUCGCAACUCCGCAGUGAAAGAACCAUUCCGUUUUGCAGCGCACCCAACGAGAAACAGAGGCAGUUUGAGGUGACGCUGCCCGAAGUGGAACGCAUAGGUUGGGUAUGGUGCUUGUUCUUUGCCUACGCGAUACCCGAAGUCAUGGCGUUUCUACGUUCAAUCCGGAUCUGCUUCUUCAAGAACGCACUUAAACCCAAAGUACUGGAAAUUUCUGCAGUCGCACUGGCUGAAACCCUGAGGACUGUUGGCACGGGUCUCCUGGUAUUCGUGGUAUUGCCACAGAUCGACGUGGUGAAGGGAGCCAUGCUUACCAACUGCCUUUGCUUCGUUCCUGGGCUUCUUGCCUUGAUUCCGCGGCACGAAGUGAACAAGGGUGGAAUGAAAGCUGCAGAUCAUAUCUCCGUCUACGUGAAAAUAGCGAUCAAUUCCAUGGCAUUGGCAGCGCAAAUAACGGGGUUCGUGGUGUGGCCUCUGCUCGAAAUUCAUGAGAAGCCUCAGCUCUGGGUACUUCCUUUAGCUACAAUAUUUAUUUCCUGCGGCUGGUGGGAGAACUAUUACGUCAGUUCCAAAAAUUCAGGAAUGGACAAGUUCCUCAAGAGACUUAAGCAGACGCGGCACUACACAUUCAUGUACAUGUCGGUAUGGAAGGUGGCCUGCAUGUUCAUCACUCUCCUCAUAAUUACUUACAUCCAGCAAGGCUCCGUUGAAAGCCUCUUCAACUUGUUUGAAGCCAGUUUCUCAGAGAGGGGCAUUCCUAUCAAAGAAGUUCCGGUAUGGAACGAUUCAAGUAUACCAAACAAUUCUGAGGCACAAGAUUUGAGAUAUGAUCUAACAGUGAAUGCAAGAUACUCCUCUGCUCUGUGGGUGCUUCUUAUACACUCUCUGGGAUCAUACAUCUGCUAUAUAUCGGGGAAGUUCGCCUGUCGCAUUCUCAUACAGAGCUUCGGUUACGCCCUGCCUGUCAGUAUCACGGUUCCUGUCGUCAUCUCCUUCCUGAUUACUGCUUGCGGCCUGAGGAACGGAAACCCCUGCUACUUCAGCGGGACUAUUCCCGACUACUUGUUCUUCGAGUCACCGCCCUAUUAUCAACUAGAGGAGUACCUCGGCGUGGAGCAUGCUUGGAUAUGGCUGCUGUGGCUUCUGUCUCAGACGUGGAUUACACUUCAUAUUUGGACACCCAAAGUCGACCGCCUGAUGUCCACAGAGGUACUCUUCACGAUGCCCAUGUACGACUCCCUUUUUGUGGAUCAAUCGUUGGCACUCAACAGACGCCAUGAUGAAGGAUACGAAGUAUUAACAGAGGAACUCGAAGUGGUUGGACACGAGGAAGAAUUUGCUAUGGAGCAUAAGUUUCAAGAGGAAAUGAUGGAUCCAAAGGCAGAUGUAGUGCGACAGUCUGACUACAUCAGGAGGGUUUACGCAUGCGCAACCAUGUGGCAUGAAACUCCCGACGAGAUGAUGCAGAUGCUUAAGUCCAUCUUCAGGAUGGAUGCGGACCAAUCAGCACGCAGACUCGCCCAAACAUACAUGGACAUCUUGGACCCUGACUUCUAUGAGUUUGAAACUCACAUUUUCUUUGAUGACGCCUUUGAAGUAAGCGAGGAGAAUGACGAAGAGGUGGUCGUGAACAUGUUCGUGAAGGAUCUGAUGGUGACGAUAGACAAGGCAGCCUCCGAGGUGCACAGCACCGAAUACCAGAUGAAGCCUCCGAAGAAAUUCCCCACACCCUAUGGAGGACGCCUUGUGUGGACGCUGCCUGGCAAAACGAAGAUGAUCGCACACCUCAAGGACAAGGACAAGAUCCGACACAAGAAAAGAUGGAGUCAGGUGAUGUACAUGUAUUACCUGCUCGGACACCGCCUCAUGGAGCUGCCCAUUAAUGUGAAACGCAAAGAGGUGAUCGCAAAGAACACGUUCAUCCUAGCGCUUGACGGGGACAUCGAUUUCAAGCCUGAGGCAAUGCACUUGCUGUUAGAUCUCAUGAAGAAGGACGAUAAACUGGGAGCAGCCUGUGGGCGCAUCCAUCCCGUCGGAAAAGGGCCCAUGGUAUGGUAUCAGAAGUUCGAGUACGCCAUCGGCCAUUGGCUGCAAAAAGCUACUGAACAUGUGAUCGGCUGUGUACUCUGUAGCCCUGGUUGCUUCUCCCUUUUCCGAGGGGUGGCCCUUAUGGAUGACGCUGUCAUGAAGAAGUACACCACAUUAUCAAGCGAAGCCAGACACUACGUUCAAUACGAUCAAGGCGAGGACCGAUGGCUCUGUACGCUGUUACUACAGCGUGGGUACCGGGUCGAGUACUCGGCAGCCAGUGAUGCCUACACGCACUGUCCAGAAAGUUUCGACGAGUUUUACAACCAAAGACGACGCUGGGUCCCCUCUACCAUGGCCAACAUCAUGGACUUGCUCGCGGACUACAAACGAACAGUCAAAAUCAACGACAACAUUUCAUUUCUUUAUAUCAUCUAUCAGGCACUGCUGAUGGGAGGUUCCAUCCUGGGACCAGGAAACAUCUUCCUCAUGCUGGUGGGAGCCUUUGUGGCGGCUUUCAAGAUAGACAACUGGACCAGUUUCUUGUUCAACAUAGUGCCAAUCCUCAUUUACAUGUUCAUCUGCUUCCUUUGCAAAUCCAACAUUCAGCUCUUGGCAGCCAAGAUCAUCAGCGCAGUCUACGGCCUUGUGAUGAUGGCCGUGCUGGUGGGCAUAAUGCUACAGAUAAACGAAGACGGCCCCUUUGCCCCCUCUUCUUUGUUCUUUUUUAUAGUGGCACUAGAAAUGAUUAUAGCAGCUUUUCUGCACCCUCAAGAGUUCGGCUGUCUGCCCGCAGGAGUGGUGUACUACGUCACCGUACCGUCCAUGUACUUGUUGCUCAUAGUGUACUCCAUCUUCAAUCUCAACGUUGUUAGUUGGGGCACACGAGAAAUUGUCGCUAAGAAGUCAAAAAUGGAACUAGAACAGGAAAAGAAGGCAGCCGAACAAGAGAAAAAGAAGGCAAAGAAAAAGUCGUUUUGGGGUUUCCUGAACCGCAACGGAAAGAACGGGGAUGACGAGGAGGGAUCGUUUGAGUUCUCAAUGGCUGGGCUUUUCAAAUGCAUGUGUUGUACCCACCCAAAAGGCGGCGAGGAGAAGGUUCAGUUGCUGCGCAUUGCUGAUUCUCUGGACAAACUGAACAAAAGGCUGGACAAUAUCGAGAGGGCAGUUGAUCCUGUUUCACAAAGUAAAUCGCGCAGGCGCACUACGCUCAGUCUCAACAAGCGAGAUUUAGAUCCCCUGGCGGAGGACGACGAAAAUGAAUUGGACGAGGACACAGACACUUUCACAGAUAAUGAGGACAUCGAACCAAAGGAAGAAAGAGACGAGCAGGUCACUCCCUACUGGAUUGACCAUUACCCGGAAAUGAGGAAAGGUGUCGUUGAUUUCCUGUCCUCAAAGGAAGAACAGUUCUGGAAAGACUUGAUAGACAAGUACCUCUACGUCCUUGUGAAGAAUGCCGAGAAAGAAAAGCUGGUGGCGAGGAACCUGAAGGACCUGAGAGACAUAUCCGUGUUUGCUUUCUUCAUGCUGAACGCUCUUUUCGUGCUUGUGAUAUUCCUGCUGCAGCUCAGUAAGGACCAGAUACACGUUAAUUGGCCCUUCAGUGUCAAGGCGAACAUCUCAUACGACAGUAAAACAUAUGACAUCACCAUCUCCAAGGAAUACCUGGAGCUGGAGCCUAUUGGUAUGUUAUUUAUCAUAUUCUUCGGCAUCGUCCUGAUUAUCCAGUUCCUCGCGAUGCUGAUUCACCGUUUCGGUACCCUGUCGCACAUGUUGUCCACGAUACAGAUCAACUGGUUCCAAGCCGGCCCUCAGACUGAUGACAAGGAUGCGAAAGCACGGGAAGUGGUGCAGGUUGUGAAGGGGCUCCAGCAGCUGCGUGGGGCAGACGGCGACAUGGAAGAGAAGGACCCUAUGCAGGAGAACGUUGGGCGGCGCAAGACGGUUCAGAACCUCCAUAACACACAUGUGUUCAAGAAGAAGCAGUCUGUGAUAACACUUGACACUGCACUCAAACGGCGUCUCUCUAUGAUGCCCGGUAACGGAGGCGUGGUACCCAUGUCGAUAAGGAAGCUGACUGUUCGGCGCGAUACCUUGCAGCACGCUUUGGCGGUUGGAAGGAAGUCGGUCAUCGAAGAGAGACGUAAAUCACAGAUAAGGCGAGCAAGUCAAGCAGUGCCUGGGGCCAACAGACGGGCCAUAAAUAUAGAGGAGAGAUCCGACGAGGAUUGAAUUCGACCGCGAGGCAACCCGGACCAAUAUAUCGACGGCAACUGUUGUAAGAAUAUAACAGCCAACACAUCCAAAUCGGCAUCCAGACAGUGCAUCAUGUUGAAGACUUUUAUACACUAUCAGCGGACCUGAAGUCAUGUCAGCUUCGAUAAAUUGAUACCCUCUAAGCUGAGACACGAAACAUUGUGGGAUUUGUAACCUAACAUCUGAAACUGAUACAGAAAUGUUAGCGUAGUGGGGGAAACAAUCAUCCUAGAAAUCACGUGAAAUAUGACGUAAAAUGUUCUUGACAAUGAGACACGAGAAUAAAUUUAUCUUAUUAACAGAAAAUCACAUGAGAAAUUCGUCAGAUAAAUGAUGCUAUAAGAGAAAUAAUCAAUUCUAUCCAAAUCUACCUCAUUAGGCUGUAUUCAUGUAACUGGACCAAAUGAAAAUGGUCAUGUCGGCGGCCAGACAAGUCAUAAAAACGUUUAAAAGAUUCAGUUGGUGUCUUUCAAUCUGAAGAAGGCAGUUCUAUCUUCUGGGAUAGAAUGUCAUGUAGUUCUGUGUAGGUCUACCGAGCAUCGAGUGAAGUAAGCUGCAGUGGGAAAUGUAAAAACUCGAGGGUAACGCUGGGAGGGGUGGGUGGGAAUUAAUCUAUGGGACUUAUCUCCAUGGCUUCGGCACAGUGCUACAAUUACAUGUCCUUUCAUAUUUACCCUUCUAUAACUACUUAUAUUUGUUAAAUAUAUUUGAAGGUAUGAACCUGAAAGUGUCUCUCUGUCUCAGCCAUCGUCCAUCUUGCGGGCGUCUCCCGAACACGAGGAUACAUCUCGGAAUGAGAAUAUGGGUUUUUCUUCAGUCACAAUUAGAGUCAGAUUUUCUUUACGACUGGCGGUUUACUGCCAAUCAGUUCAUCUUGGAUACAAGCCCCUUGAGACUCACGACCA